AUGGACAUCGUAUUUGCUCCGGGGUCACUUGUCGAUGGACGAUUCCGAGUUUUGGGCAUCUUGCACAACAGUGAGACCCAAAUAUACAAUGUCACAGACACGCAACAAGGAGAUGUCGAGUGUAUCCUGAAACUGUACAAAAGAGACAUAUUUGACGACGCGUACUACAAUGAGAUCACCUUCCUCAAAGCAUGCAAAGGCAAAAAGGGAUAUCCUUAUUUAUUCAGCGUAUUCUCGUUUGCACAUGGAAACAUAGAAUGUGAUUGUAUUGUUAUGUCCGACGUUGGGGACACUUUGCUCUCCCAACUGAAGAUGAGAUCGUGGCGAUUCACUAUGGCAAAUACAGUGCGUAUAGGGUAUCGGUGCCUUGAGCUCCUGGAAAAGAUGCACGCUAUGGGAUACGUUCAUAUGGAUGUCCAUCAGCAGAACAUCAUGGUAGAACAUGAUUACGAUGGAGAACUGAAGCUCAAUCUCAUAGAUUUUGAGUUUACCAGCAAGAUUCACCCCCCACCAUCAUGCAACAAUUUUUUCGCGCGGCAAUCAAGCUUGAACAUCGCAAGACACGGUGACUACUCACCAAUUGAUGACCUGGUCUCGAUGGUCUUCGUCCUUUUUGCCACUCAAAACAUCGAUCCAUUUAUAAGAAGGAACAUUGAUGAUUACGUCCAACAGAAAGAACAAUUCCAUGCCGACCCUAUGCGCCACUUUCCGAAUGCAGAAAGUCAGUGGCUUGGAAGAUUGUAUAUUGAGAUUGAAAGGCAAAGGACUGACGGAUAUGACAAGUCUAAGAUUCUCGAAAUCUUGAAUGCGGCUGUGUCAGGAAUUGAUCCACGAUCUCCAAUCGAUUUCGGUUACCAACGCGGGACAUACUGGAUUCGAUAA